UUGGAAUCCUUGCCAAGUCCUACAUUGACCAAGGGCAGCUUAUUCCAGAUGACAUCAUGACGCGACUAAUGCUGAAUGAACUGAAAGGUUUGGAUCGUUACAACUGGCUAUUAGAUGGAUUCCCCAGAACAGUGGCUCAGGCAGAAGCCCUGGAUAAAGAAUGUCAAAUAGACACUGUGAUUGACCUAGAUGUGCCAUUUGAGACCAUAAAAUGUCGUCUCACAGCACGCUGGAUCCACCCUGCUAGUGGCAGAGUCUACAAUCUUGAAUUCAGUCCUCCCAAGGUGCAGGGCAUUGAUGAUAUUACUGGAGAGCCGCUUGUUCAGCGUGAUGAUGAUAAGCCAGAGACGGUUACCAAGAGGCUGCAGGCUUACGAUGCACAAACAAAACCUGUUCUGGAAUAUUAUCAGGAAAAAGGGUUAUUAAAAUCCUUUUCUGGAACAGAAACCAAUAAGAUUUGGCCACAUAUCUAUGCUUUCCUUCGAACCAAGUUGCCAGAUGUGAGCCAGAAAGAUGCUGCCAGUCCCAGAAUGUGGCCAUCACUAGUACUGUAA